AUGAAGUUUUUCGAGUCACAGCAUGAGUUUGACUACUCGUGGGAGGAGGUGUCGACUGCAAACUGGCGCAAGUACUGCCCGUGGAAUGAUAAGAGCACCCACGUUAUCGCCGUCGACACUAUUUCGCGUCAUGUCGACCCGGCCACUGGCAUUCUCCGUACCGAACGUCUCAUCACCUGCAAGCAAUCCGCACCAAAGUGGCUCAGUUCAUUUUUCGGCGGCCAGGAUGUCUCGCAAGUCUACGAAACCUCAUACGUCGACCCUACCGCCAAGAAGGUUACAAUGUGCAGCAUGAACAUGACAUUCAACGAUCUCCUCUCCGUCCGCGAAACCGUCGUUUACCGUCCCUCGCCCGCCGGCCCUACCUCUCGCACAAUCUUUCAGCAAUCCGCUCAAGUCACUGCCUUCUGCGGUGGUUGGCAAAAGAUCAAGAACAGCAUUGAGGACUUUACUGUCGAGCGCUUCAAGCAAAAUGCCAUCAAGGGUCGUGAAGGCUUUGAGGCUGUGCUCGAGAUGAGCAGAAAGGUCUUCGCCAUGGAGAGAGAACGCCAGCGCCUUGCUGUUGCUGUUGCAUAA